CUUCUCUGCCCCGCAUUCAAGGCUGGAACACGCCCGACUUUUUUCUCCAUUCUUUCAUGCAGGUACCUUGACGGUGUCGCUUUUGUGUAAUCCCGUAAUCGUCCCGUCAUUUUGUUCAUCUUUGCGCCGUUUUCUUUACUCUGAUAUACGCUCCCACAAAAAGCUGUCUUGUUAAACUCUACUCUCAUAUCACGACUUACGAUUGCUCAGCUAUAUCGCUAUUGCUGAAGCUUCACCAAUUCUCCCACCGCGUCUCUGUAAGACCAGCGCGAAGCAGCGCGAAUCUCUACACCCUAGACAGCUUUAAACCAUCCACAACCAUCCCAGCCAAACACGAUGGCACCACCGACAGGCAAGCGCGUCAAGGGCGUUCAAAUACUCCGACCCUUCGUCUACGGAACAACAGCUAAACCCUUCGACGAAAAGACAAACCCCAAACCGCCCGGCGUUCCAGAUGAUCACACGCACUCCUGGACCGUCUUCAUCAAGGGCAUCGACGAUGUGGACAUUACGUACUGGCUUAGGCGCGUUCAGUUCAAGCUUCACGAGUCCAUUCCAAACCAUGUUCGAAUGGUAGAAGGCAUCAAAGGCCAGCCCUUCCAAAUACACGAGACCGGCUGGGGUGAAUUUGAAAUCACCAUGAAGCUGUACUACGUCCCCGAAUCCUCCGAGAAGCCGCAAACGCUCUACCACCACCUGCGCCUGCACCCGUUUGGCCGCACCGAAGAAGAGAAGGAAGCCAUGCGCCUCAACGGCGGCGAGGUCAUCUCGUGGGUAUACGAGGAACAGAUCUUCAACGAGCCGUACGAGCCCUUCUACGAAAUCCUCACCUCGGGCGCCCUCCCGCCCUCGGCCUCGACGCUAAAAGACGGCGGCGGCGGCGGCGGCGGUAGUGGCGCCGCGACGCCGACCAGCGCAAACACGCCCGGGGCCAGCAGUAGCAAGGGCGGAAACAAGAAGGGUCAUGAGAGGAGUCACUCGCGGGCGAGUGUGAGCACGAACAAGGACGGGAAGAAUAACAACGAGCCGAAGGAGGAGCCGUUUGUGAUACAGAGGUCCGAGGGAGGCGUGUUGGAGCGGAGCGCGAUGAUUCCGCUUGUCAAUAGGCCGGGGCAACCGUUCAGUCGGGAGACGGAGCAGUUGGAGAUUCAGAAGCUCAAGGAGGCGAAGCUGAAGGUGGAUGAGAUGAAGAAGCAGAUGAUGGAGGAUUUGGAGAAGAAACAGAAGCGGCUGGAGGCACUGAGGGCGGAGAACGCUCAGGCUGCCUAGAAGGAAGCCGAGGAGCGUGCAGCGCGGAGGGCGAAUCGGAGGCUGCGUUUGUUAUCAUAUGACUCGGAUUGGGUUGAGUUGGAAUAAAAGGAGUUAUGGCGUACAUGGGUGCCAAAGAGGCCGGGAGUCACAAAUGCAUUGCUAGAAUGUUGGGUAUGGGAAUACGGCGUCUUAUCGUUCAUCAUUUAGAAUGUGUUACAAACCAGCACCAAACCAUUACAGUCACAU